GAAACACAAAAAGAAACAAAGAAAAAGAUUAAGCUUAUGCAUAACUUUUUCUUUAAAUUACAUCUGGAAGGAAUGUUUUUUUUCAUAUUUGAAACGGUUUCACUGGUUGUCGUUGAAAUAAUUGCAAAUUUUGAAUCAUUUGUAGAUGUGGUUGGUGAUGUAUGUUACGGUGAUUGGCGAUGGCCGGUUGGUUGUCGAGAUUGUGACUAUCGGGUGUCGUGGAACUACUUGGAUGAUACUGAUGAAAUUGAGUUCUCGGUCGAGACAAGAGCACCGUCGAAUUGGUGGACCGGUAUUGGCUUUUCACCCACUGGAACGAUGAUGGAAGCCGAUUUUAUCAUAGUGAAAAGUCGUAAUGGUCAGUUAACACUUCACGAUAUGUACAGCACUGGAUAUGGACCGCCGCGAGAGGAUUCUGAGCAGAAUGUCUACACACCGACCGUUGUGGGAACGCAUGUGAACGGCAUGCUUCGAGCGCAGUUCACCAGGAAGCGUGAUACGGGCGAUCGCAAGGCUGAUCACCGUUUCUCGGACACCACUUGCUAUAAAUUCUUGUUCCCAGUAUCGGGUGGACGACUGGAUGCGAACGGACAAUUGAUGAAGCAUAUCGCUACACCGCAAGUCUCCGAAAAGAAGGUCUGCAUUAGGAGUUGCACGGCUCCUCAGACAAUACAACCAACGAGUUCAUGUGAAACUGAAUUCCGUUACCCGACCGGUUGUGAGGGUGCUGCUUGUGACUAUAUAGCGAAGUGGGAGUACAGUAUGUCGAGGAAGGAUGUACGCUUCGAAAUCACCGCCAAAGAGGUGGGCCGAUGGACCGGAAUCGGUUUCUCGCGAGACGGCAAUAUGGCCAAUUCGGACAUCUACACCGGUUGGGUGUACGAGGGCAAGGCGUACGUUACGGAUCGUUUCGCAUACGGUCGGCAGCUACCGGCCAUUGACCCGGCGGAUCGUCAGGAUAUCUACGAGAUCGGCGGUAAAAUCGUGGAUGACACCCAGACGAUAACAUUCCGUCGUAAAGUGUUACCAGCGGACACGGUGACCGAUUUUCCGCUCAACAAAUGCUACUAUCUGUUGUUCCCGAUCGGUGGCGGCCGUGUGUUGGCGAGGAAAAGUCAGGAUUUCCAGAAUCCGAAGACACCGAUCGGCUAUCAUGACUUGUAUCAACCGCGAGUAUCACGCACCAAAAUUUGCAUCUGUGAUCAGGUAACCGCAUUCAUUUUGCAAAAUCUCUUCUAUUCACUUCUUCAAUUAGCAAUAACUCGCUGA